AUAAACAAGGUUAAAAAAAAAAUUAUGUUUAAUUAUUCUUAAUAUUUUAAGUAUUAAAAAUAAAAAAUUGAUAUUUGUAAUGUAUCAAAUUAUUAAUCCGAAAGAUUAUCGAAGACGCCAUGCCGCCAUAACCCCUUUUCUUUUUGAAAAAUCCCUCCUUUUUUGGACUCAAUAACUUCUUCGAUACACCAUUCAUCAUUUUCUGAGCUAUUUUGCUUGAUCAUUGCGUUCCUUCUCUUUAUUCAUCUCACAAAGGGGAAAACCAAAAUGGUAAUAGAAGAUUCUAUAAGAUUCUGCGUAUUCGAGUCUCUGAAUACAACAAUGGUUGAUGAAGGUGGAAACAACACUGUAAAGAGUGGCCAAUUUCCUCAAGCCAUGUGCAAAGAACACCGGCGAAGCCACAAGAUUCCCAACGGUUUCUUCGCCGCCGCGUAACGGCGAAGAGGUGCAUCCAGCUGUUCAGUUCAAAGGGUGGAAAAAUCCUCAGAGGAAAUGGAACGAUUGGAUUGAAAUUAUGGCGGGAAAAUACGGAUUCAUGUGGAACCAAACAGGUAUAUGCGAUGCUAUUUUGAGUUCUAUGUAUAAGAUUCAAUGUAAUCAAAGUUUGAUUCUUGGAAUUGUUGAGUAUUGGUGUAUAGAGACAAAUACUUUUGUUUUUCCAUGGGGUGAAGCCACAAUCACCCUAGAAGAUGUUAUGGUUCUUGGUGGAUUUUCGGUCCUUGGCGAGCCGGUGAAUCUUCCUCUCACCGGGGAUAUGGUUGCGAUGGAAGCCGAGAUGUUACGGCUUUCGAGGGAAAUGGAUGGUGGAAAAUCAAGGAGAGACCAAAGGACAUGGAUGAAGUUUUUUAUGGAGGAGGGGCAAAGUCAUGAUCUUGAGCAUGUAGGUUUUCUCUCCCUGUGGUUGUCAAGAUUCGUGUUUCCCUCGCUUCCCUACGAGGUAAUUGCGACGCGUGUCUUUCCAAUUGCGAUUCGCCUGGCUCGUGGGACAAAAUUGGCUCUGGCCCCUGCUGUUCUAGCUGGUAUCUAAGAGAGUUUGAGGUUGCUUAAGCAACAAGUAACCUCUUCUUUGGGUGAAUCCGUGAAGGCUCUAGGCCUAUUCCAACUUGUGCAGCUAUGGGCUAAUGAAAGGUUUUCGAUUUUCGGAUCAAAUUGUCCCAUAGAACUAAAGCCAGGGGA